UUAUUUUACUGUCAGUUGUUGUUAAAGUGUUAUUUUCGAAAGACUUUUUUUACAUAUCAAAAUAUAUGUACCAAAAAUAGUGUGUUUUCUCUUCUUUUAUUCUAGUUUCAGAAAAAAAAAAUUUUAUUCUCUUUCGGAAUUAUGUUGCGAAUAUUCGUCUUCAUCACAACUCUAAUUGUCGUGAAUGCAGAUUCAACCCUAAGUGGUUUUUCACCUUCCGAUGAUGGAUUCAAAUCGUACGAUUAUGGAAAUCGAAAUGCCGACAGAUAUUCGAGAGGAUCGACGAAAUAUUAUCUCGCCAGUGGAUCUAGUCCGGGUCACAUAAAUAGUCUAUCAAGUAGUAGCUACCCUUCGUCUACAAUUUAUUCCGAUGCUAGCCAAGGGGAAAGUCAAUCGAUUAGAAAUUAUCAAAGCGUAGACAAUUCCUAUUUAUCGGACGCUCCCACAACGAUUAGCAGUUACACAAGAGAGAGGCCGUACGCUUUAUCGAAUUCCGAUUACACCUCAAGUCUCGUGAGCCAGUCGGACUACACUGGGAACAGUAAUUCUCAAUCAGGAUUCUCCGGAAGAACCGAUUACGAAAGUUCCGCACCUGUCAGCGAUUACACGGGCUCAGCGACUCAACAAUUCACCGUUGGCACCAGUUAUCGUGGAUCCAGCCUCGACAAUUAUCCCUCAAGUCAAGAUACAAGCAGUCUCCGAGGAUUUGUAGGUCAAUCAUCAUCAUCACCCUCCUCCUCCUCCUCAUCAUCAUCAUCAUCAUCCGCAAACUCAGGUUUUGUUUCAAGUCCCACUUAUUCCGCCGAUUCAACUUCAAAUCGUCAAAUUUACACCGGAAGUGGAUUCAAGGCACUCGACACCAGUGGAUAUCGUAAUUAUUAUCCCACUUCCGGAACAAGGGAAUUUUUAACAAGCGCCACCGGCAAACAUCGAGGACAAGUGAUUAGCGGUAAAUAUCCAGUCUACGAAAAUUAUCCCUCGCAAGAUGCUUACACAGGAAAUGAAAUUGAUUACUCACAAAGUUCGCCGCACGUCUAUUCAGUUGGAAAUUAUAAACGUGACAAUUACAAUUCACCAGUCUCGCCACUUCAUUCGGGAUUUUCCGCGGCCAAUUUAAAUUAUCUCUCGUCAAAUGGUGGUGUUAAGAGUGCGUAUCCCUUCGCCGGACUGAAACCACAAUCGAUGCUUUAUUCUGGAGCGCAAAAAUCGUCAGGACCAAUUUCAAUUCCCUUCGGUGGAGGACAUGGUGGAGAUGGAAGAAUAAUAGUUGGCGGAGGAAGUCAAAAUUUUGGUUCUUAUUCAUCGAGUCCUAAUUUUAUGGCCAAGGGACACGGUUCAUAUUUAGUGGGCAAUGGUGCGGGGAAAUUUAUCAUAAUGAAGGAUCAUUCUUCGGCUAAUUCUCAUCACAGUGCUUCUGCUGGUGGUGGUGGAGGGCAAAUUUAUUCUUCAUCACCUCUCAUUGGCGGCAGUUACAAAACAACCAGAAACGCUGAUUAUGGAACUCAAGGUGCAGCGAGUUAUUAUACUCCGAGUUUCGCCGGUGGAUCGAGUCCCUAUUCAAGUCGAUUUAUAUCCAGAGGAGGAAAUCCCUUCUCAGCUUUUCUGGGUGCAUCGUAGAAAAUUCUUUUUCCUACA